UCUAACCAGACCUCGACUCAAACCAGACCUCGUCAUGGUGUCAAUGGGACGACAAAUGCUGGGCUUUGCCCUGGGCAUCAUUGGCUUCCUGGGGACCAUCAUUGUGUGCGCCCUGCCCAUGUGGAAGGUCACAGCCUUCAUCGGAGCCAACAUUGUGACGGCGCAGGUCAUCUGGGAGGGCUUGUGGAUGAACUGCGUGACGCAGAGCACGGGCCAGAUGCAGUGCAAGAUCUACGACUCCCUGCUGGCUCUGCCCGAGGACCUCCAGGCGGCCAGGGCCCUUGUGGUCAUCUCCAUCAUCGUCGCUGCCUUUGGGGUUAUCUUGGGCAUUAUCGGAGGCAAGUGCACCAACUUCGUGGACAACGAGCACUCCAAGGCCAAAGUGGCCAUCACCGCUGGAAUUGUCUUCAUUUGCGCCGGCGUACUCAUCCUCGUCCCCGUCUGCUGGUCCGCCAACAACAUCAUCAGGGAUUUCUACAAUCCCCUCUUGACCAACGCCCAGAGGAGGGAGCUGGGAGCCGCGCUCUACAUCGGCUGGGGCACAGCCGGGCUUCUCAUCCUGGGUGGCGCCCUCCUCUGCAGCUCCUGCCCACGCAAAGACAGCCCAGAGUAUCCAGUCAAGUACGCCGGCGCCAGGUCUGCAGCCACCAGCCGAGAAUAUGUCUGAGAGGUCCGUUCUCCUGAGAAAGACAUCAGAAUCAGAAAUCAGAAUCAGAAACAUGUUUAUUGCCAAAGAAUGUUCAUAUUAAAAACACAAACAAACGAGGAACUUUUUUUGGCGGAAGGUGCAAGAAUCGCGCACCAAUACACG